AACCCCCUGAAUGAGUAGGUGUUCUAAAACUUUUGACCGGUAGUGUAUAUAUAAACACUAAUACUAACAUGCAUCCGUAGAGAUAACAUUUAAGUAGUGAAGCCAGUAUUUGCUGUUUGUGGACUUUAGAAGUAAAACAGAAAACUUUGGCCCUCUGACAAACACUUGUGAUCCCAGAGCAAAUCACCACCCAUCUUUGCACUGUAGAACCAGGCCUAAGCUGUGCCACACUGACCACUAGCCAAGCAAUCCUCCUUUUAAUUGGCUCUCAAUUCCUCUCAGCCAAUUAGUGGUUCCAUGUCCAGCAGCAAUAGGUACUUUGUUAUUGCUCUGUAAAAGUGAGUGGUUCAAUAAUUGCUAUGCAUUGAUAAUCACUGUUAUUGAAUCUUAAAUAUCAACGUUAUUGUGACAGGGUAGGAACCAUCGUUUCAGCCAAUGUUUCCCAGCUGACCUUAAUUGGUGUUGAACAUGUGAAAUGUAUAAAAGCACUCUAGAGUUCUUUUUAGGUAAGCGUUUGGUACUGGAACAUCCAUUGUAGGGGUUUUGUCAAGUCUAAUUUCUGUUUGUUCUGUAUUGCAGGCUAGCUGUUGGGAUAUGACGCUGUAUCUGCCUGUGCUCUUGCUGCUCUGCCUCUGUCGGCUGGGACUGACUGAUGAAACUAGUAUGGUAGCUCCUGAGGACCACUCCUGUGGAGAGCCGGUGUUCAGACAGGAGGCCUUGCGGUCAGUAGGAGGUGCUGUAGAGAGACUGGGCUGGCAGCUACUGAACAGCCUGCAGACAGGGCCGGAGCAGCCCAACGUCAUCUUAUCACCCCUAAGUGUGGCCCUCGCACUGGCACAGCUCGCACUGGGUGAGGCACGUGUGUGUGUGCGCAUGUAUAAUGUCAAGAGAGCUCAUAACGAGACACAGAAGUUGUUGCUCAGUUCUCUACACGCCCACACCAUACCCUGCUACCAUCACACCCUGGGCAGCUUGCUCCAACACCUCACCAACACUUCCCUACAGGUGGCCACACGCAUGUACCUGCGUCCAGAGUUUGAGGUGUACCAGUCCUUUGUUGCAGAAUCCCUGCAUAGGUACAGAUCAGAGCCCGCCCCCCUGAUCUCAGUGGAGGAGGUCAACCAAUGGGUGGAGGAUGCCACCAAAGGUCACAUUACCAAUUUCCUGCCUAGUAUUCCGCAUGACAUCGUGCUCAUGCUUAUCAAUGCUGUGCAUUUCAAAGGUGAGUGGGAGGCUCGCUUCGACCCUCAGCUCACACAGAAGGAUGUCUUCUACCUGGACAAUAAGAACUUUGUCCAUGUGGACAUGAUGCGUUCAGCCAAGUACCCACUGAGCCUGUUAGAAGAUGGGGAGCUUGGGGCUCAGGUCGCACGUUUUCCAUUUAAGGGAAACACCAGCUUCCUGGUAGUGAUGCCGUUGCCAGGAAGAGGAAAUGUGUCAUCGCUGGUGACCAAACUGAACAUCUCGGACCUGUACAGGCGUCUACCUCAGGAGAGCACCAUGCAGGUCCAACUGCCCAAGUUCACCCUGCAGUACCGUCAAGAGCUACAGGAGGCGCUGACCAGCAUGGGUUUGGGAUCUCUGUUCUCUGGUCCUGAUCUGUCCGGUAUCUCGGCGGUUCCUCUGCAGGUGUCCAGUGUGCGUCACGCCUGCGGGGUGGAGCUGAGUGAAGAAGGGGCUGAUGCGUCUGCAGCCACCUCUGUUACCAUGAUGCGCUCCAUUCCCAUCUUCUUCGUAAACUCCCCCUUUCUGUUCGCCCUGGUAGACCACGCCUCCCUUGCUCCCCUCUUCCUGGGCACUGUCACUAACCCUGCCCCUGACACCAGCCCAAUGCGGAUUAACAGUCUUCUCGGUGAUGAUCCCCAUGGCAACAGGACCCAAAGUGACAGCACUAAUAGUAACAACGACGUACAGAGCGACGGUCCCCAUAACAGCAACAAUGUACAGUGACCAGCCACAAAGUGAGAAUGCAGUGUGGUGCCCAUGCGGGAGGGGAGGCGCAACAGCAGCCCCUGAAUGAAGUGGAGGGGAAACUCCAACACCCAAGUGGCAGGGCAAAGAUCCUGUGCCAACCCCUCUCAUAUGGUUCCUUCCUAAACCAACUUUGAUGCCCAGCCUUCCCAAACCCAUCUCUCACUCUUCUGUCCUGAACGACACUGCCCGACCAGCUGGUCAUAUAUGGAUCCUAUCCCUCGUAUAGCAAAACCCUAUCCCAAUCCAAAAGGCACAGUUCCCAGACAAAAAUCAACCCCUAUGCCUAGACACCUGACAACUUCUCACAGUACCUCCCCUCCCCAGUGUAUGCCCCCUGACUACAACCCAAUGAGGUAGGAGAGACCAUGGACCUGUCCCAUACUACACUGUGUGGAUGAACACUCAAAUUGGAUGCUAUUUUUACACUUGGUUGUGCACUGUCUUACACUAUUUGUUGUGCUUUGUGAUGUCAUACUUUCUCAUUCUGAUUAUUCCCACCUCUGGUAUUGAUUAAAGAAAAGGGCUAAAGUCUCA